UUAGAAAAAAAUGAAGUUGCACUAUUUUUUUGCUACCCUUUCCUUGAUAACUCUACUUUGGUGUAACCUAACCAGUGCUUAUUCAUCUCGUAGCAUCUCUAAGCUGUUUGAAACAUGGACCAAACAGAAUGCCAAAACAUACGCAUCAGAGGAAGAGAAGUUGCAUAGGCUCAAAGUGUUUGAGGACAACUUCAAAUUUGUUACCGACCAUAACUCUCAGCCCAACACUUCAUAUACCCUUGCUCUAAAUGCCUUUGCUGAUCUCUCCUCCGAGGAGUUCGCAGCUUCUCGCUUGGGCUUGGGUCAUCCCUCUGCUUCCGACUCUGCGGAUCUUCUCCGACAUAGGGUACCGUUUCCUGAUACUGUUGGUGUUAUUCCUCCGUCAAUGGAUUGGAGACGCGAAGGGGCUGUUACUGAGGUCAAAGAUCAAGGGAACUGCAAUUCUUGUUGGAUAUUUUCUGGCAUUGGAGCUAUUGAAGGCAUAAACAAGAUCGCUACUGGAUCUCUUGUUGACCUCUCUGAACAAGAGUUGGUUGAUUGUAAUGGUUUUGCCCGUGGUUGUGACCCUGGAUGGGUGGCCAAUGCAUACAAAUUUGCGAUAAAAAAUCGUGGGAUAGACACCGAGUCCGACUAUCCAUAUAAAGCUCGACAUAUGCAAUGCCAAAAGGAUAAGUUGAAUAAUCGUGCGGCAGCCAUUGAUGGAUAUGCUAAAGUUCCCUACGGAAAUGAGGAUGCGCUAUUGAAAGCUGUUGCAAUUCAACCUGUAAGCGUGCUUAUAUGUGCCAGUGACACAACAUUUCAGUUUUACUCUAAGGGUUUCUUUACGGGCCCGUGUUGUAAAGGUACAAAUCAUGCGGUAUUAAUCGUAGCAUACGGAACGGAAAAUGAGACAGAUUACUGGAUUAUAAAGAAUUCAUGGGGAAAACGAUGGGGAAUAAAUGGUUAUAUGUUCAUGAAGCGCAACACUGGAGAUUCUAGAGGGAUGUGUGAUAUUAAUUUGUGGGGUACAAUCCCAAUAAUAAAUAAUAAGACCAGCUCCAGUCCAUAUCUUUCAGCUAAAUAUGAUAUUCUGAAUGCUACAACAAUGAAAACAGCUACCAAGAAAAGCUUCUGAUCUUUGAAGUAUCUUCUUGUAUGAUGGAUAAUAAUAUACAAUAAAGCCAUCUUUAUUAAUCCCGUCUAGUUUAUUUUUAAAACUAAAAUGUUCCCGGGACGACGUAUGUUUCGCCAUUUAAGGGAGCCGUAUAAUAAUAAAUUAAUCUGAUUAAAGAUUAUUAAAGUAUAUCUUUCACCUUC